ACUAGCAGAGGUUAUAAUUGAUAUUUUGUCAGUAUUAUAAAGCUUUCUUAUGGAAUUUUAUUAGUGAGUUUAGCACUGAGUUAGUGAUUUUGUCUUUUUCCUGCUGUCUAAGCUGGACAGUCAAUACAGAAUUAUGCUUAUGAUAGUUUUGAAGUAAAGUUUACAGUAGUGGCGUCAUGGUUGCAUAAUGGUUAGCACUGUGGCCUUGCACCUCCAGGGUCUCCUGGGUUUAAUUCCUGCCUUGGGUCUGUGUGCAUGGAGUUUGCAUGUUCUCCCUAACCUUGAUCCUUUAUCCGGGUUGUUGCGGAAACAAGGACGUCAUCAGGAAACAUCUUCUAUACAAAAGGAUGAAGGACCAAGUAGAAAGUUUUUUAUAAUAAAAACUGGAAAUACACUGAAUUCCCACAAGGACUUUCUAAGAAGUCUUAACAAACAAACACGGCUGCAGGAGGUGUUUAGAGUGGAUGAGUGCGAUUUUAUUCUGGGUUUCUGUCCUGUUGUGUCAAGAGCUGAAAUCGAUGUUGAAAGAGCACUGGACAAGCUUCAAAAUGUUUCAGACACCAAACUUACUGUUCUGGUGGUCCUUCAUCACACAUAUGAUCCAGAUUGUAUUGUACAAGACAGCAACAGAACUGUAAAUUUUUAUUGCAAAAUAAAUACUAUCGCAGUCGACUGUCUUUUUCAUGAGGAUGUGGGAUUACUGCAGUGUCAUAAGAAUGACGAAUCACUGUUCACAACAUCAACAUAUAUAAAAUCUCUGCAUAUACAAGCAAUGCUCAGAGAGGUAAAAGAAAAAUGUGGAGAAACAAAAAGGAAGCUAGAAAAGAAUCAGAUGGAGUUGAAAGACAAAGAGAGACAACUAGAGAGUGUGAUCAAAGAGCUGGAAACCAGUAAAAACAAACUGAUAGAAAGAGACAAACAGCUUCAGGAGAAAGACAGACUUCUAAUGGAGAAAUCAGAAACACUGGAGAUGAAAGAACGAGACGCUGCACUGGAACAGAACGAGACGCUGCUCAAACAGAUUCAAACUAAAUUUGAUGAAACAGUUAAGAAAUUAGAAGACAGUCAGCAACACAUGGAGCAGAAAAACACACAACUGGAGAAUAUGCACAAACUGGAGACACUGGGACAGGAGCUCCAGGACAAGAAGAGACAACUACAGGAGAUGAUGAUCGUACUGGAGCAACAGGAAACUGAGUUAGCAGAAAAAAUCAAACAGUUUAAAGAGAGACUUCUACCUGAGAGAGAGACGCAGCUAAUGAAGAGAGACAAGCAGCUUCAGGAACAAACAGAUCCAGAAUCAUCAGCCGCCAUCAGGAGAAGAAACAGCAAGGAAGUGUUACAUCCAAAAAUGAGUGGAGAAUUGUCUAGUCCACAUUCUCCUCUGUCGGUUCCUGUAGCAGAACUGAGGCUGGUGCUGCUGGGGAGGAUGGGGUCUGGGAAGAGUACAGCAGAAAACACCAUCCUGAGCAGAGAAGAGAGGAACCAGGCUGCUGCAUCUACAUCUACAUCCACACAGGGGGAGGUGGCUGGGAGGAAGGUGACUGUGGUGGACACUCCUGACUGGUUCUCUCCUAAACUCUCUCUGGAGAGGCUGAGACAGGAUGUGGGACUCUGUGUCCAUCUGUCUGCUCCAGGACCCCACGCCUUCCUCCUGAUCAUACCUGUAAAGCAGCCUAAAGGAGAGGAGAGAGGGAUGCUGGAAAAAAUGGAGGAGAUUUUUGGAGAGAGAUGUUGGAGAAACACCAUGAUCAUAUUCAGUGUUACUAAUAAAUCUGAGAAGGAGAACAUUGAGGAGUUUAUCCAAUCAGGAGACCAAGAGGUUCAGAGACUUGUAGAGAAAUGUGAGAACAGGUUUCACUGUCUUAACAUUAAGGAGAGUGGAGAUGGUUCUCAGGUCUCAGAGCUCCUGGAGAAGAUAGAGAAGAUGAUGGAAAGAAACAGAGAGAAAUUCUACAGCAGUGAGAUCUACCUGGAGACAGAAUCUCAGAUUAGAGCGAUGGAGAUUAAGAUCCUACAGGAAAGAGAAGAGAAAAGGAUGAGAGAGGAGAUGGAAGUGAAGGGAAAAAUAGACACUGAGGUGCAGGACUCUCUGAGAAAGAUAGAGGGAGUGAUCCAGGAGCAUGAAGGAGACAUUAGACAACUGAAUGAUCGAACAACUGAACUGGAGAGAAAGAUGAAAGAAGAGAGAGAUGAAGAGAAAAAGAGAGAACUUGAAAGGGAGCUGAAACAAGAAGUAGAGAGAAGGGCAGAAAUGGAGAAAAAGGUAAAGAAACUAAAAGAAAAGAGAGAGAGGGAGAGGAGAGAGAUGGAGGAGAGGCACCAACAGGAGAUGGAGGAGAUCAGGGAAGUGUAUGAAGGAGAGGUCAGGAUGGAGACAGAGAGAAACCUUAUGAAGAUCAUCCUGCCUGAACUCCAGAGAAACAUGUUGGCCUCAAAAACAAAGAUGCAGGAAGAGUUCAGCAGACAGAUGGAGGAGAAGAACAGAGAGCUGGAGACUCUUAAACAUAAACUAUCAGAUCUCACAGAGACUUACAGUCUGCUUGAAGAGGUUUAUGAGGAAACUGUGAGAAGCAGCUCAGAGUCCGAGAGAGCAGCUGUAACAGAAGAGAUGUCAAAGGGAAUUUUUCAGACAUUUACAGAGUAUUUUUUCACUGGGUAACAGAGUUUAUCAAGCCACAGACACUCACCAAGUCAGAUAUGAAGGGUUUCAGCCUGGUAUUGUGGACAGGGCCAGACCAUGACAAAAAAAAUCAGCCUUGGCUUUUUUGAUCCAGGAGACCCACCACUACAAUCCAGAUUUGGUCCAGUCAUACACCGCCUACACCAGUGGUUCUCAAAGUGUGGGGCGCGCCCCACUAGUGGGGAAUACAGACAUGACAGGUGGGGCGCAAUGAACGGGAGGGAAUUAGUGGAAAAUAACAGGAAAGUACCUAUUCUAAUUCAUGCUUUUCUUUAUUGAUUUAUUUAUUCUUCAUUUUCUUUAUCGGACACUCGAAACUAAAUAAUGACACACAAACAAAUGGAUCAUUAAUACAAGUAAAUUAAAAUAACAUCAGAGAAAAAGUGGAACCAGAGUGCAACAAUAACGGUUUAACGUCGGCAUGUUAAUUGCAGAGGAACAAUAUAUAAGGAAACAUUCGGUAUUAUAUAUUUAAUUUCAUUUAUUCCAAUGUGUAUGCUGAUGUUUCUGUAUUUUUGUUAAACAUUAAUAUUUUGUCAGGCAGUACUAGUCUGGCAUUUCUAGUUUCCAGUGUGGUAACAAAGUUGCUUUUUGAUCCUUCAGGCGCUGAACAGAAGGGAAGAUCAAUAUCGUUCUACGCUUUUUGUUGGUGUGCGGCAUUUUGCGAUGAUCCCUAAAUCAUUCGUUGCGCCGUACAGAAUAAUGGUGUUUAUGCUUUUAAACAUGUAUAAUUUAAGGCGGAUGUAGCUUAAACACAAUGUAGAGAGGAAAUAUAUGUGGGUAUCUUAUUUGCGGGUUUAUUUACGCAGCUAUUGAAUUCGGAGAUGUGAAUAUCAAACUAACUUUACCGCGGACACAAACAGGUGUUAUGCGCUAAAAUGCCCCCCUGCCACGGAUUGCCCCCCUACAUAAUCUCUAUUAAAUAUUAUAUUAGGACAUUCAAAGGUUUAUUAUUAUCGAAUAUAUUAUUACUAUUACAAUUAACCCUAGGCAUGUGACACUCGUCGAGACGAUUAAUACAAAUCCCCAAAAAUGAUUUAUUUUAUGGCACAUUUAUUUUGUAGGGGUUUGUCAAUAUACAAAUAACAAAUUAUUUAUCAC